GCGCAAAAGCAGAAGCUGCGGAAGGAGGAGGAGGGAGGAAACGAACACCAGCCAAUGGCACGUCUCCUCAACGCGCCACCGUCUUCUCCGUUCCUCUCCAACCUCGCGGCCUCCCUUCGCCUGAUUCCUCCUCCCUCCGCUCGCCGGUCGCUUCAAUUCAAGGUGAAGUGCUCGUCGUCCGGAGAGAGCCGGGAGCCAGAACCAGAGGCCGGAGCGUCGUCGCCGCCGUCUUCCGCUACUGCCGAUGCAGAUGCGGAUGCAGAUGCAGGUGCUACUUCGUCGUCGUCGAGCGGCUUGACUUACAAGCUGUGCGCGGGGAUUGGGGGCGCAGGGUUCUGCAAGACUGCGAACUUGACGUAUCUGAAGCUCACGAACUCGGACGCGUUUUGCCCCAUCGGCGGCGGCAGCUGCGGCGACGUGCUCAACAGUGAUUAUGCUUCGGUUUUUGGCAUUCCUCUUCCGUUGAUUGGAAUGAUCUUAUAUGGAACUGUCGCUGCUCUUGGUUUGAGGUUGAGCGGAAAAGAUUUGCCUUUUGGACUUGGGGAAUCUAAUGGCCGUUUGGUUUUACUUGGGAUUGUUGAAAAAGAACAAGCAGCAAGUAUGGUUUAA